AUGUCUGGCUUACGUCGUGCUGGAGAGGAUGCGAACCCGUUUGGCUCCAAGUUUCGAGACACGUGCGGAGGGUACGAUGCCGGAAACGGCCAGAGGACAUACACAAAGCCAUCGUAUACCCUAUUUGUGACCGGUAUACCGGAUGCUGAAUCUUCAGAUAGUGUGGAAGAAGUCUUUGCACUGGACAAAGGCUUCUUGCAGUGCCGUCCUGUAGGCCACAAGUCUCGGAGAAUGGUCUUCGUGGACUAUGAUGCCAUUGAACACGCAACACGAGCUAUGCAGGCGCAUCAAGGGUUUAAAUGGGAAGAUGUGGACGAGGGCUUGAAAAUUGACUACGACCAGGAUGCGAGGAGCAAAAGGAACACGGCCCUUGAUCAAGGAAUUUUCGACAAGUUUUAUCCCAUCGGAGCUCGCACGGCAAAGCUCGAAAGUGAGUCCGAGUUGUUUGCCAGGCUGCGGGAGCAGUCGGAACAGCCUACCUCCUUGUCCGUCCGGAAGUCCAUACUCAAGAACUCGAAGACUGGUUCCAAGGCUUUUAAAGCUGCUUUCCAAGUCAAAGCCAAGGACAGCACUCCGGCCUCCGAAGAGGCCGAGCAGUCGGAGCCGCCCCAGGCGCCCGAAGGAGCCGGGAAGGGCCUUGCGCCGGGGCAGCGGGUGCCUAGCCACCGCUGCCUCUACUUCAU